GUAACGAUAUAUCAUACUACAGCUGGUGACUGACAAGUGUCCAUUGCCAGUAAAUGUAUCUUUGCCGAUAACAGCGGGAUAUCGAAGCGGAGUGUGGUGUAGCGUCCCCCACUCAAUAUGUCUGCCGGGAACGUCCACAUUAGCUCAGUAGGAAUGCGGUAGGCGGGGCUGCGAGGCUAGUGUCAAACUUUGGGAAUGACAGGAGUGCUGCAGGAUUCGCAAAGAAGGGGAAGUGUCGCCCUUGUUGGUUCUGUUUGGAUUACUUUGACUUCUUUUUACGCAGAGUCUUUGGAUUCACCAUCGUUUCACAGAUAGUUCGGCCUCAACGAAUUCCUCAGCCAUGUCGGAGGACCUGAGCUCCCAACCCUGGUCCAUCAACAAAGAUGAUUAUGAGCUACACGAGGUGAUUGGGAGUGGGGCCACUGCAGUGGUUCAAGCAGCCUACUGUGUACCGCGCAAGGAGAAGGUGGCCAUUAAACGCAUCAACCUUGAGAAGUGCCAGACUAGUAUGGAUGAACUCCUGAAAGAGAUUCAGGCCAUGAGCCAGUGCCACCACCCUAACAUCGUGUCUUACUACACCUCAUUUGUGGUAAAGGAUGAGCUGUGGCUGGUCAUGAAGCUGCUCAGUGGUGGCUCAGUGCUGGACGUGAUCAAGCAUAUCAUCUCACGAGGUGAGCACAAGACGGGUGUCCUGGACGAAGCGAGCAUAGCCACAGUGUUGAAAGAUGUCCUUGAGGGCCUGGAAUACCUCCACAAGAACGGACAGAUCCACAGAGACCUAAAGGCUGGAAACAUUCUCCUUGGGGAUGAUGGUUCAGUGCAAAUUGCAGACUUUGGCGUCAGUGCUUUUCUAGCCACAGGUGGUGACAUCACUAGAAAUAAAGUACGCAAGACGUUUGUGGGAACACCGUGCUGGAUGGCCCCAGAGGUCAUGGAGCAGGUGAGGGGUUAUGAUUUCAAAGCAGAUAUCUGGAGCUUUGGGAUCACAGCAAUUGAACUUGCCACAGGAGCUGCACCUUAUCACAAAUACCCACCAAUGAAGGUCUUGAUGCUGACACUGCAGAAUGACCCCCCAUGCCUGGAGACUGGGAUCACAGACAAAGAGAUGGUAAAGAAAUAUGGCAAAUCCUUCAGGAAGAUGAUCUCCCUGUGUCUACAGAAGGACCCCGAGAAAAGGCCAACAUCCUCAGAGCUGUUGAAGCAUAAAUUCUUUCAGAAGGCAAAGAACCAUGAGUAUUUACACGAGAAGUUACUUCAGCGAGCACCUACAAUUACAGAGAGGUCAAAAAAGGUCCGUCGAGUGCCAGGUUCCAGCGGCCGCCUGCAUAAAACAGAAGAUGGUGAGUGGGAAUGGAGUGACGAUGAGCUGGAUGAAGAAAGUGAAGAAGGCAAAGCAGCCGUUGCCGCUCUAAGGGAGCAGCAGGUGAAGCCUGUUAGCACCCCCAGGCGACAAGUGCGCUUCUCCUACCCACUCGAGCUGCCUGCGUCCAGGUCACCAAGAGUGAAGGAGGGAUCACAGAAUUCAGAGAUUUUCCAGACUCCUGAGCAUUUAAGUAGUCACCUCCAGCCAAUAGCCGCCGGUCAGGCUGAACUACCUCAGGCUGCGGGCCAGGUUCCAUUGCAGCCCACACCGGUCAACACUCAAUCCACUGCCCAGGCUGUGUCUCCCACACCAGGUGCACCCCCCGCUGCCGUUCCCACACAGGCUCCUCCAGCUGCCUUAGGUUAUGCUAAGGCUCCCAUUAGUUUAGUUUUAAGGUUAAGAAAUUCAAAGAAGGAGCUAAAUGACAUCCGCUUUGAAUUUAUGCCUGGAAGAGACACGGCAGAUGGUGUGUCCCAGGAGCUGGUGUCUGCAGGCCUGGUGGAUGGGAGGGACUUAGUAAUAGUUGCUGCAAAUUUGCAGAAAAUAGUCGAUGAGCCUCAAGCCAAUAAAAAUGUCACUUUCAAACUGGCUUCUGGGAUUGAGGGAUCUGAAAUACCAGAUGACAUCAAAUUGAUGGGCUUUGCUCAGCUCAGCAUUAGUUAAACUGUUGUUCUACCUGGGACCGUGACUUGACUAAAAAAUGUGAAAAUAAAAAAAAAAAUAGUUUAAUGCAUUUUUUUCUUCUUCUAUGGCUGUAAAGAAACCACUACUGCCAAAGAAAACAGUACCGUUUUUGUCACCCAUAGGAUUACACAACGCCGCCUCGUUCGGCUCGAGUAUCAGAACGUACAGUAUCAGAAUCACUUAAAAAGUUUACAGUGUAUACGUAGAAGGAUGCAAACAUCUACAACAACCAGUUUUCAGUUACCAUUCUGGUCGCCCUUAUUCUGUUGUUUUUGUUUUGUUUUUUUUUCCUUUCUCUCUCUAAUAUGUGAUGCAUUUGCACAAUCUGAACUAACGCCCUUGAAUCCUGAUAAGUGUAACAAUGCCUUAUAUUCAUCAGAACUACUGAAUGCACGUUUUGGGGAAGUCCCCAGUUACCAUAUGGAGCAUAAUGUUGUCUGAAAUGUGCAAAUGUGACUCCAGCUGCUAAUGUCAAACUUUUUACUCAGACACAACUUAUUAGUAGCUCAGAUUGUAAAUUUUAUUCGUCCAACAAGUACAGAUGAGCAGCAACGUAUGUAAAGUGGAUCACACAGAGGUCGAUUGAAACUCAACACGGGAUUAAUCAUCUGACAUCAUCCCCUUCUUCAUGUCUGAAAUCUUUUACAUGAUUAGAAACUGUUGAACUGAAUGUCAAUGUAAGAAAUAACACAAAAUUAAACUCCAAGUAAAUCACUAAAUGUGGAGCUGAACAACAAAUUCACCUAAAAUCUGAAAGUAGGACUGGCCUUUUGUGUCGGUACUAUCAGCACCACCUUCUACGAAUAUUGAUUCUAAUUUGUGUAGAAUAAUCGAACAAAGAAAUGAAUGAGAUGAAUCGCACCUUUAGAGAAAAUAUCAGUUUAUAAGAUCAGUUAAAUGUAGUUUGUAGGACUUGUUUAUAAUAGAAUGAAAUACAGCCUUAUCCAUCUGUGUCAGUGAU